AUGAGCCCGAAUCGCUUAACGAGCCUAACAAGGGAGCUGAGUCCGAAUCGCGUAACGACCCUAACAAGCGCGGCCAAGCUGAUCAUCACGGGCAAAUGUACCACCUCCAGGUUGGUAACAGGGUUACCUGGUGGGUGGUGGGGUUACCUGGUGGCUGGUGGGGUUACCUGGUGGGCGGUGGGGUUACCUGGUGGGCGGUGGGGUUACCUGGUGGGCGGUGGGGUUACCUGGUGGGCGGUGGGGUUACCUGGUGGGCGGUGGGGUUACCUGGUGGGCGGUGGGGUUACCUGGUGGGCGGUGGGGUUACCUGGUGGGCGGUGGGGUUACCUGGUGGGCAGUGGGGUUACCUGGUGGGCGGUGGGGUUACCUGGUGGGCGGUGGGGUUACCUGGUGGGCGGUGGGGUUACCUGGUGGGCGGUGGGGUUGCCUGGUGGGCGGUGGGGUUACCUGGUGGGCGGUGGGGUUACCUGGUGGGCGGUGGGGUUACCUGGUGGGCGCAGGGGUUACCUGGUGGGCGCAGGGGUUACCUGGUGGGCGCAGGGGUUACUGUGA